UUCGUCUGCUUUUGUGUUAGUAUUUUUGAGCGACUCGUUGUCCUUAAUAUUGUUUUAGAAUUGCUAAGCACUUUAGAAAUUAAGAUGAAGAUAAGUUUUGAGCAAUUGAAGAACAGAGAAGGAGAACGGUUGAAGACUUGAUUAACAAAAGAUAAUGCGAACCCUUUGCGACGUAUGUGAGAGCGCCGCUGCCAUUCUCUUCUGCGCCGCCGAUGAGGCUGCUCUAUGUUCUGCAUGUGACCACAAGAUCCAUAUGUGUAACAAACUUGCAAGCAGACAUAUUCGGGUUGGCCUUGCUGAUCCCACAGAUGUUCCACGUUGUGACAUAUGUGAAAAUGCACCUGCUUUCUUUUACUGUGAGAUAGAUGGUAGUUCGCUGUGUCUGCAAUGUGACAUGAUUGUACAUGUUGGUGGUAAAAGAACCCAUGAAAGAUAUCUUCUGUUGAGGCAGAGAGUUGAGUUUCCAGGUGACAAACCAGCUCAAAUGGAAGAGCUAGGGCUGCAACCCCUCGAUCAAAAUGAAUCAAGGAAGGACGAAAGUCAGUCACUCAAGCUAAAAACAAGCGAUUGUCAGCAAAAUCACAGUGUCUCACCUGUUCCUAGGCAAGAAAAUAAUAUUGAUUGUCAUGGAAAAGUAGGUAAAAAAUUCAUUGAUCUUAAUACUAGGCCACUGCGGUUAAAUGGAUUGGCAACAAUCAACCAGGAACAGAAUAUGGAUAUUUUUAGAGGCAAUAAUCAUGAACCUGCAAGUGCACCCCAAGUAGAAUCCUUCCAACAAGAGGCUGAGAAGUAAUAAUUUAAUAAAGAUUGAAUUGUUUGGCCGCAGACCAAAUUAAUAAGGAGAAUAGUUGCUUUCAAAUGGAUGGUCUGCAUAAACAAGGUCACUAUUGCUUAAACUCAAGGGCAUAACAUAAUCACCGUCUAGUAUAUAUCAUGUUUUCUUAAGGCAGCUUAUAUUAUGAAUCGAUGACAUUUUGGUUUUCUUAAACUUAGUCUGGCAGCAAAGGAACUGUUUGAUUCUAUUAAAAACAUCAUGACAUUUUCUUAUAUUUUUAGAUAUAUAUAAUUAAACCUUCAAAUUAUUGAAAUCAUCUGACUUCAGUUUCUGUGCUAUGUUAAAAUGGGAUAAAAUGUUAAUGCAUUUCUUGAAGUAAAGACUCUUCAUGGCUUCUUUUAAUUCAAUUCAAUAUGAGGUGUCUUUCCUUCCCGAAGGACCAAAUACACAAUUAUUUUUAAGGUAGCAUUUGACACGCGAAUAGAAUGGAAUGGAACAGUCCAUUUGGUUCCAGUUUCUCAGUUCCUCUACCCUUUUGGAAAUAAAAUAUACCACUUUUGUAACCUUUUGUCUUGUUCUAUUCUAUUUUUUAAAAUACACCAAGCAUAUAACAGAACCCAUUUGUUAUGUUUUAUCCUGUUCUGACUUGUAUACCAAACAAUACCUUGUAAAUAAUUGAAGGCUGGACUGGCAGUGGUAUAAGGUCAGACUAACUUGUUUAACAUUUUAUUAGAAAACUGGAAAAAUAAGAGCCGUUUUUUUUUUUUUUUGAAUAUUUGUGCAAAUGGUGAAAACACUAGAAAUGUUGUUUCAUCGUUUCUCGUAAGAAUAUUUGAAAACAAAAAGAAAACAGUGUGACAUUUGUAAUUAUUAGUGAAAUAAAAAAAUUAAACUAGAAACGAUUUCUUAAACCAAACAUGUCAUGAUGUUUACCAUUCUUGUUUAGCGAGAUGACCAAUUCUCAUAGUUGAAUCAUGGUUUUGGAUAUAUUUUGGU